AGACGACGUUCCAGCACCAGCUGCAGCAGGCGUGGCAGAAGUCGUGGAACCAGCAGCAGAGCCUGCUGCAGAACCUGCGGUUCCGGGAGCGGGGCCCGCUGAAGUCCUGGCGGCCCGAGACGAUGGCCGCCGCCAUCAUGUCCGUCCUCAGAGAAGGUCACAGUCUGUCGCAGGCGGCCCGCACCUACGACAUCCCGUACCCGACGUUCGUCCUGUACGCCAACCGGGUGCACAAUCUGCUCGGCCCGUCGCAGGAGGGGCCCGGAGGCAUCCCGAACGACCUGCGGCCCAAGGGUCGCGGCCGACCGCAGCGCAUCCUGCUGGGCACCUGGCCGGAGGAGACGGUGAACAACGUGAUCCGCGCUGUCGUCUUCCGGGACACAUCCGGCCUCAAGGAGCAGAUGGAGAACAAGGCGGCAGCGGCGGCCGCCGCCGCCGCCGUCGCCGCUGGACACAGUCUGUCG